AUGAUUGAAGAGCUGAAAGGGAUAGUGAGAAACAAGGAGACAGUGCUUGAGGAAAAAGAAGCUGCAGUCCUUGAGAUUUUUAGGAUCCUGAUUUCCAAGGGUGACUACCAGGAGAUCGGGGCCACUAUCAUUUCAUUGAGAGAGACUUGGGAAGAUAUAACAACACCCAGAAUCACAAAGAUCAUAAGAAACCUUUUUGAAAUGAUCCCAUACUCGUCUGACAACUUUGGAAAUGUUCUUGAGCUUCUUACUGUUCUUGUGGAAUGGGCAGACAAGGAAAAUAAGAAGAUGCUCCGCCUCGACUUAGAGUGCAAAAAGAUAUAUGCUUUGCUGAAGACAGGAAGAUAUUCGGAGGCAUUGGCACAGAUAGGACCUGUAGCCCAUGAGCUCAAGAAGUACGAUGACAAGAUCAAUCUCAUAACCUUAUAUGUGUAUGAAAGCAAGGCAUUCUAUGAGAUAAAGAACAUCUCGAAGUCAAAGUCGUCUCUGACAUCUGCAAGGGUUCUUGCAGUUUCUGCGUACUGCCCGCCCCAGCUUCAGGCACAGAUCGAUCUUCUAAGUGGAAUUUAUAUAUGUGACGAAAGAAACUAUGGAGUUGCGUCUUCUUACUUCAUAGAAGCUCUCGAGGGCUUCACACUUGGAAAGAUGGAUCCUGAAGCCUGCAUAUCGCUGAGAUAUCUUAUUUUGUCAAAGAUCAUGGCAAAUAAGAGAGAGGAAAUCAAUACGGUGAUGAAGAAUAAAAGCACUCUCAAACAUCUUGGAGACGAGAUAAUCAGGGUCCUCCUCAAAGUCAGCAACAGUUUCGCAAACAGAGAUCUGAAGUCAUACACCAAUGUUCUUCAGGAGUAUUCCGAGCAGAUACACAGCGAUUCAUUUAUCUGCAGCCAUCUACAAUACUUGUAUGAUCUUCUCCUUGAUAAGAACAUCAUUAAGAUAAUUGAGCCUUACUCUGUUAUCCGAAUCAGCUUCAUAGCCGAUGUAUUGGGCUUUGGAGUAGACGUCAUUGAAAAGAAGCUUAGAAAGAUGAUCUUGGACAGAGCUGUCAACGGCACCCUCGAUCACAUAGACGAAUGCCUAAUUCUGCAAGGAGAGAAAGCCGAUGAAAGCUUUGCAGACGAAUGCAUGAAACAAGUCAAGGCAUUGAAUUGUAUUGUCUCCCCUCGCUAUUAA